UCUGACUGCAUUUCUACAAUUCUAGGACCCACAUGCACAUAUCCAGGCCUAGAAGCUUAGCCCGCACUAUUCAUCUUCUCCAACUUCUGUCUUUGUUUCACCCCUAAGUAACGGUGGCUGUCUAGCUCCGCACAGCUCGUGGAGCUGCCAUUGCAAUAGUAGAGAAAAGCAGGGCAAGAGCUUUCCAACCCCACUCGAGGCUAGCCCCUUCCCACCCACAGGAUCGAGCGAGAUUGCUUCUUCCGCGCUUAAGACGGAUGGCUUAAGCAAAUUACCCUUGGUCCGAUAAGAUUCUUCUUUUUGAUGAUUGACCUAAUAGAGAAGAGAGAUGAGGGUGGAUUCUCCCAUGAUCGAUAGUCCUUUUGAAGCUUUGAUGCCAAAUGUUAUUAAUUUUUCUUCCGAUCGAAAUCCCGUUCAUCAAGCAUGAGGGAUAGGAACAUACCUCAAUCGACCAUACAUCCUCGUGCCCUUUUUGCAGCAUUGGCCAUUUCCUUUCAAGAAAACAUGUCAUACAAAAACCUACAUCUCUUAUAAAGUUGCCUUUCCCCAUUUCUCGAUUGACAUUUGACAGUGAUUCAGGGAGAUAUUAUCGAAUUGCUAGACCUAUCGAACUGAUUGAAUGACCCUGUGGCCACUCCAAUUGAACCAUGGCUUCAAGCAUGUUGACAGGAGAGCGGAGGUGGGUUUCUGCACGAAGAGGAGGCAUGACUGUUUUGGGAAAAGUUGCUGUUCCAAAACCUGUUAAUUUACCCAGUCAAAGGUUGGAGAACCAUGGUUUGGACCCUAAUGUGGAAAUUGUACCAAAGGGUACAUUAAGCUGGGGCAGCCGUCCAUCUUCAACACUGAAUGCUUGGAGUUCCUCAGCACUGUCACCUCAUACCAAUGGAACUGCAGGUUCGCUUAAUGGUCGUCCUUCAUCUGGCGGAAGUGGAACUCGGCCAUCAACAGCCGGUAGUGAUAGAUCUCACGAACCUGCAGCUAAUGCAUGGGGUCCAAAUUCAAGGCCAUCAUCAGCAUCUGGGAUGUCUGCAACAAAUCAGACAUCGGUUGCUUCACUGCGCCCUCGAAGUGCUGAAACAAGACCAGGUAGCUCUCAGCUAUCCCGAUUCGCUGAAUCCGUGGCUGAAAAUUCAGGUGCAUGGGGAGGACCAGGAACUGCUGAGAGAUUGGGAACUGCAUCCUCCAGGAUCAGUGACUUCACUCUGAGUUCUGGAGAUUUUCCGACACUUGGCUCUGAAAAGAGUUCAGAGUUGCCUUCACGACAAGACUUUCUGCCAGAUCAUAGUUCUCAUGGACGUCCUGGUUCAGCUUCUAGUGGAGUAACUGCUCAAAAGGAGAGGCCAGCAACUUCUCCAACUGAAGGUGGAUCUGUAGAUGCAAGUGAAGAGAAGGGAAAUGUAAAUACUUGGAAAAGGGAUACCUCACCAUACCACGGAGGUGGGACCCCACCAAGCAUGGAGAAGUGGCAAAGGGAUCCUCAACAGGCACAACCAUACCACAAUCAGAACAUGUCACCCCACCAUUUUGACCCUUGGCAUGGUACUCCAAUCCGAAAUCCUGCCGAGGGUGUAUGGUAUAGAGGGGGACCUCCAGGUGGCCCAUAUGGACCAACGGGCCCUCCGGGUAGCUAUCCUCUUGAACCAUUUGGUUAUUAUCACUCUCAGCUUCCAGCUAGAUCGAUGCCCAACUCACAGAUUCCAGCCAGACCGGUACCUAACUCGCAGGUAGGUCCAAGGCCAGGAGGUGGUCCAAGUGGGUACCACCCAAAACCCGGAGACACAUAUCGCCCUUGCAUGCCUGACUCGUACAAUGUUCCUAGUUACCCUGUGAUUCCAGUUAGACCUGGAAUGUACCCUGGUUCAGUGCCUUAUGAUGGUUAUUAUGGUCCUCCCCGUAUGAGUUUCUGUAAUCCCAACGAAAGAGAUUACCCUGCUAUUGGGACGGGGCCUCCUAAUGUUUACAGAUACCCAAACCAGAAUGUCCAUCCUGACCCUGGCAAUUUUCAUGCUAGGCCUGGUGGAUAUGGUCCUAGCCCAGCAAUGUCCAAGGAACAAAUGGAACCUUGUCAUGCUCCCGAUGCUCAUCGAGGGCCAUACAAGGUUCUCUUGAAGCCACAUGAUGGCUGGGGAGAGAAUGACACUGAAGAGAAGAGGGAGCACUCUGUGACUACCAGCGUGCCACAUUCUGAAAGAGGGAACCUUCAGAGAGCACCUAUGAGAGAGACUGACUGGGGGGCAGAUAGUAGAAAGGAUGAACAGAUGGAUUUCUCGAAGUCAGCACUAGGUGAAGAAGCUUCUUCUCAACCCAUCAACAAUCUGAGAGGAUUUUCUUCAGUUCCUGCUGCUGGAAACCCCUCUGACAGUAGAAGCAAGGCGAAUGCAGUUGAUGAAAGUUUGCUGAAGAAACCUGAGACUGUAGCUAAUCCAGCAGAAGGCCCACAACAGUUUCCCGCUAUCAAGAAAGAUGCUGCUCUGAUUGACAAAAUUGAGGGUUUAAACACAAAAGCCCGGAUUUCCGAUGGCAGGAAUGAAGCUGGACCUGUUUCUUCUCAAAAGGAGAAGACGAGACGGUUCAGGACUGUGAAUGUUAAAGCUGAUCAUUCCACUCAUGAGUCUGGCAGCAACGCUGUCUCCAAGGAUAAGCCUUCCACUGGUGGCAUGCUCAAUACUUCCUCUAAGAAUGUGGUGGAUGAUUCAACGGGAGACAUGGGGCUGGAAGCAACUGUUGGUGGAAGAGAUGUGUCCGGGCCAGUAGAACCUCAGGCUUCUGCAGUCUGUAUGUUAGAUUGUUUGAGGCUUGGAGAAAUGGCUCAUUCUCAGAUUCAGACAAGAGUGCAUGGUAUGCAAGGUAGAGCAGAUAAUAGAGGUAAAGGAAGGUUUAAUAAUCAGGAGGGUGAGGAGUGGAGAAAGAAGCCUCCUGGAGCAGAAUCAUCUGUUAUAGUUACUGCAACAAAUGCCAAUGCUCAUCUUGACACACGUGUGCAAGAUCGCCAUGCUUCUCAAGAGUUUCCUGAGAAGCAAGAAUCAAACCCUCUGGAUAAGGCAGGAGCAGACCCAUACACAACAUCCUCGGUCGAUUCAGCUGAUUACAAAGCACAGCGUGCUAAAAUGAAAGAGUUGGCAAUACAACGUGCAAAACAACUCCUGAAGGAGGAAGAAGAACGGAUCAGAGAGCAGAGAGCGAAGGCUUUGGCAAAGUUGGAAGAGUUGAACAGGCGAACAUUGGCAGAAAAUCCUACUCAGAAGCUCGAGAAAAAUGCCGUCCAGCAUAAACCGGAAGAAAUACAGGUGCCUGCAACACCAAAAACCGACACUGGCAUCUGUGGUGAGUCACCGGGCCACGUGUCUGGUUUGAACUCAGAUGCAGCAAUUCAGGCCAGCAAGAAUGCCAUGAAGCCCAAAGAGUCAGCUGAAUCACCUGUGAACAACGAAGCUUCUUCAAGCUGUGCUCCCCAAGUAACAGCGGUUGCAAUUGACCCAUCUGUGCUGCUGUCACAGGAUGCCAAUGCUAAAGAGAUUGCAUCUGAAAAAACUACUUCCCAACUUUCUGAUAAUGGUGCUCAGAAGCCGAAGCAAAGGGGCUACAAAAGAAGGCAGAACCAUGUACAGGAGAAGCAUUUGCCUGACAAGACGUUCGCCACUGGAUUUGCUAAAGUUCAAGGAAAUGUGAUUGUCAAUGCAAAUGCAUCAAGUGCCGAAUCUAGCUGGCCCAGUAACACCAAUACCAACGAUGACCAUCCUCAGCAGCAGCACAAGAAGAAAAAUAACAGGAUUGCCAAGAACAAGCACAAGCCCGAUGAGCCUUUGCCGCUUACUGAUUUUCCAUCUUCCGCCCCAACAGGAGGGUAUCCUGCAAAAGCUUCCAUCCAAAGCGGAAAGCCGAUGUCUCCAGAAACUGUAGUGGUUGGCAGCUUAGUCCAGGCAGAAGCUUUGAGUGAGGUUGUGAAGGGCCGGGAUUCUCAGGAUGAAGAGGUGGUAUCUGCAGAGCAAGGGUGGUUGCGACCAAUUGAAGAAACCCAUGGAAGAGCAGACAACCACUGGAAGCCUCAGCCUCACAAGAGGGUAUCCAGAAAUGCACAGAAGUUCCACGGAAACGAGGGUGCUACCAUCUGGGCGCCUGUGCGUUCUGCGAACAAGGGCGAGCCAUUGGAAGAAUCUGGUGAGAACAUUAACGCUGACAGCAGUCAUUCCUCUGGCAAAAAUGGCCAUGGAGUGCAGAGUAAUUCGAUGAAAGGUAAGAGAGCUGAAAUGGAGAGGUAUGUCCCGAAGCCUGUAGCCAAGGAGUGGUCACAGCAGGAAAACUCUCAACUGCCCUUGGCUUCCUCAGCUCAAGCUAUAGCUGAUGUGGGGAUGGUGAAAACAGAGCAUGGUUCUCAGAGCACCAAAAGCAGUGGACUGGAUUCCUUGGUGGUUGGGAAAGCAGGACACACAGCUGAGGCCAAGAAUGUGGAAGUUAAGCAUAUCAAGAAUGGAAAAACGCAUGCAUCGUGGCGUCAACGGGGUCCGGUUGAGUCUUCUGUGGUUUUACAGUCUCCCCAUGAAUGGCUAUCUUCCCCUUAUGAUGCAAGCAGGACCGUCCAGAAGCCCACUGACCAGCAACAAAUCUCAAAGAUCAAUGUACAUGGGCUGAAAGAACAGGAAAAAUAUUCUGAUGGCUGGAAUAUAGAUCCAGUGCCAACUGGACCGGUCGCUGCACCAGUUGUUGUGAAGGAUCAUGGAGGUGCAGGCAGAGGUAAGAGGCAGCAGUCAAGGGUGCAGAGAAGCACAGGGUACAUUCACAGCUCCGGUGAUACCAAGGAUACAGACGUUGAGCUGGUCGGUAAAUCUGAUAAUCAGCCACUCACCUUUGGAUCGGUUGAGGUGGAUGGGAGAAGCAAUUUGAGAAACGAAAGCCAAGGCAUCAGCGAACAUGUGCUGUCUCAUUGGCAGCCCAAAUCGCAAGUGUAUUCAACUCACAAUCGACAGGGAAGGGGCAGCAGUGGUGGUCAAAGACUUGCAGUCCAAGCGAGUAAAAGUCGUGAAAAGGAGUUUCUGCAUCUUCCCCCGCAAAUUAACAAGGAUAUCAAUGCCCAGGUGCAGCCGCAUCAAUCUGAUGCUCAAAAGGCUAAUGUAGAAAUGAAUAACCCACACCAUCAAGAAGUAAAGCGAGAGAUGAAAGGCCCAGAUUCAUCCAAAGAGCAUGCCAGCUUCCCAAACCGAGGCCCGCCCCAUUCUCCUGAAGCAGCUACUGAGAAUGUAGAUGCUCACUAUGAGCAGCCUGUUUCUACGGGGAUCCGCCGACAGGGACAGCACAGUGGACGUUUUAACAGAGGGCAGGAAGCACCUUAUGAUGGCAGUCGGAGCGGCCCGCUGGGGCAAGAUGCUAACAAGCAACAACUACCCACAAACGGAGACAGGCGGAAGCACAGUUCACACUAUGAAUACCAGCCAGUCGGGUCCUAUAAUAAGCGCGACAACUCGUUCCGUCAGGAAGAAUUGCGGGAUGGUUCACAUGGUACAGGCUCAAGGUACAGAGAACAGGGCCAGAAUCACCCAAGGCGUGGGGGCCACUUCUAUGGGCGCAAUAGUGGUCCGUGUUGAUGCCGCUUAUGCCACUGGGGAUUGAAAGCCCACAAACUGCAUUUUCUUGUUUGGAAACUGUUAGCUCAGGCCUGCCCAUCCAAAGGUACAUUGUUUCAUCUGAUAUAGGUAUUGUGGACCUUUAAAUUCAUCUCUCUCUCUCUCUCUCUCUCUCUCUCUCUCUAACUGGUUUUCGUGACAGCGAGUGGAGUUUGAUUGACAUGGGCCUGCAUGAGCAACGGCUACAGGUAUGGAUGUUCUUGACUUUGAUGUUUAUAAAGUGUCCGGUUUGAACAGCUUUGUUUCUUUACCAAAGUAUUUUAAUGUACCAGAACCUUUGGCAGUCUUUCCAAGACGCCUAUAUAGUGGCUACUCAUGUGGUACCCCCUAAAAAGAGAGGAUCCGUGGGAAAAGGUAAAGAAAGAAAAGAUCUGUUUCCUAUAUCUGUGAAGGAUAUACACUGAAUGACCAUUAUGUCUCUCUAAUUGGAAGAAAAACAA